CGGCGAGUCUCGGACAAGUUGAGUGAGGUAGUGGCAUAAGGAGCAUUCGCGCGAUCAGGGACCGCCGCUGGGAAUCUACAGCUGUCUAUAGUACAAAAUUAAAGUCGGCCUUGGAUAUAUUUUUCCUACGACAGCUCAGAAGGCUGCAUUCAUCAGAGUAUUGAGCGUUGCGAUGGAUGUCUCAUCACCAGCAGAUAUGUUCAAACGGGUUGUACGACAGAGUAAGUUCCGGCAUGUGUUUGGCCAGGCGGUGAAGAACGACCAGUGCUAUGACGACAUCAGGGUGUCCCGGGUCACGUGGGAUAGCUCUUUCUGUGCGGUCAACCCCAAAUUUGUUGCCAUAAUUGUGGAAGCCAGCGGAGGAGGUGCGUUCAUGGUUUUGCCUCUGCAAAAGACGGGCCGUAUCGAUAAGGCCUACCCUACAGUAUGUGGGCACACCGGCCCUGUUCUGGACAUCGAUUGGUGUCCUCACAACGACCAGGUCAUCGCUAGUGGAUCUGAAGACUGCACCGUGAUGGUGUGGCAGAUUCCAGAGAAUGGCUUGGUGACCUCGAUGCCAGAGCCAGUGGUGGUGCUGGAGGGUCAUUCUAAGAGAGUGGGAAUCGUUACCUGGCAUCCGACCGCUCGCAACGUCCUGCUCAGCGCAGGCUGUGAUAAUGUGAUUAUCAUCUGGAAUGUGGGGACGGGGGAAGCCAUAAUCACCCUUGAGGAUAUGCACCCUGACAUCAUCUUCAGCGUCUGCUGGAACCGCAACGGCAGUCUCAUCUGCACCGCAUGCAAGGACAAGAAGGUCCGUGUGAUCGACCCACGCAAGGAGGACAUCGUUGCGGAGAAGGACAAGGCCCAUGAGGGUGCCAGGCCUAUAAGAGCCAUUUUCCUGUCUGACGGCAAAGUGUUCACCACUGGUUUUAGCCGCAUGAGCGAGAGACAACUCGCCCUCUGGGAUCCGGACAAUAUGGAGGAGCCAAUUUCUGUCCAUGAGAUGGACACCAGUAAUGGAGUCCUCCUGCCCUUCUAUGAUCCCGAUACUAAUGUGGUCUACCUGUGUGGGAAGGGUGACAGCAGCAUCCGUUACUUUGAGAUCACGGAUGAAGCUCCUUUUGUCCACUACCUCAACACCUUCAUCACUAAGGAGCCUCAGAGGGGCAUGGGAUACAUGCCCAAGAGAGGACUGGACGUCAACAAGUGUGAGAUCGCAAGGUUUUACAAACUGCAUGAGAGAAAGUGUGAACCUAUCAUCAUGACCGUGCCAAGAAAAUCGGACUUGUUCCAGGAUGAUCUUUACCCUGACACUGCUGGUCCGGAGGCCCCCCUGGAGGCUGAGGAAUGGUUUGAAGGGAAGAAUGGAGACCCUGUCCUGAUAUCCCUGAAACAUGGAUACAUCCCAGGCAAGAACCGUGAUCUCAAAGUGGUCAAGAAGAACAUCCUAGACAACAAGCUAAGCAAGAAUACAGAGAAUACCACUCCUGCCAUCAAGACUGCCACCUCCACACCAUCUAUUAAAAGUGAAGCUAAGCUGGAUGAAGUUUUGAAAGAAAUGAAAUCUCUCAGAGAGCUGGUCAGCAGUCAGGAAAAAAGAAUUGCCAACCUUGAGCAGCAGUUGUCUAAAAUGGACAUCUAAAAGGACCCUGAAAUUCCUUCCCCUUCUAUUCAGGAUAUCCCAUUGGCCAGGUGGGCGGGACCCGUCACUGCCAAUCACCAUGACAGCGUUCCGUCUGAAGCCUGCCUUGAAAAGACUCCAACCAACAUUCCAAAAUGUUUUUUUUUUCAAUCCCUAAAGCCUGUUUAUACCACAUGGCCAUUUGGAAAGCAAGAAACUCCCAUCAGUUUCUCAAAAUUUGACCUGUUUAGAUUUUUACUCCAUUUCACUCUCAAUCUUUCUGCAACAGCUGUGUUUUAUCUGGUGUUCUUCAAAGGUCUUAAGAUUUUUGUUUUGCUUUUCUUAUUAAAAUUGUGACCCAAACGAUUGCAUCCUGAAGCAGUUACAUGAACUUGAUGAGCUCAAACUUUGAAGUAGUCAGUAUUGCAGUUCCCCUCUCACCCUUCUGAGUUGCCAAAUUUAUAGAGGAGUUAUGCACCUCCCUGACAGUAUUUGACUAGAUUUCCAUUUCUUAUAAAGGACAAAGCAAUAUGCUAGUAAUGCAAUGAGGGGAAAUCAUUGGAACCAUUUAUCACUGUUAUAUGUGUCUUUCUAGAGAAAUCAAAUAAAAAAACUUGGCAAAUGUGGAGUGGAAAAAGUUUACAAACCAUUACUGGAAAACAAUACAGGUGCAAUGUAAAAGUGUUAAGAUAUUAAUUAGCAAAAUAAUAAAAAUAAUUGUGGUUCUGGUGGUUGCCAUGAACACAGCCAAUGUGUACUGUACUCACAACUCCAAACACUUGCUGGCAAAAGUUACUCAUCGUAAUGGUAAUACAAGCAAAUUGAGUCAGUUUUUCCCCUUUCUUGUUUCCACUUAUCUGUUUGAAGCCUGAAUGAAGCCAGAAACCACAUGGGUCUCAUUUUGUAAACUCUAGCCAGUCUCCCCUUCUAGUUUCACAUCCCAAGCCAUGAUGAUAUAAACUCAGAACAAGAUAAUGUCCAUAGAUGCUUAAUGGCCAUUCAUUGCUUUACGGGCUUGAUAGCCUUAACCCUGACUUUGUUCUAUUCAGAUGUCAUUUAGGUCUAAGGAACACUGUUAGAUCUGCUUAGCUUUCUCAUUAAUUCCUACAAACCUCAUCUUUAGUUGUGCCGUCCACAGCGUCUCAGAAACCAAGCUUGUAUGAGUUUCAAGAACUUUUGCUGUGCAUUGUAGAGUGUGACUACCAGCAAAAUAUUGAGUCAUGAUUAACUUCCUUUUCUUAAGUCCUAACCAAGCAGAACCAAUUCUCUCAAGGGGCAGCUCACGUCUAGAUGAUAAUUUCACGAACGUAUUUAUGUGUGCCGUAAGUUUGAGUUGAUGACAAGUGGCUUUUUUUUUGUUUAUGGAUUGUUCAUGCCAGGAAGAGAGGAAACUGUGAUUUCUGGUUUUUAGAUUGCUUUGGCUAUAUCCUUCGUCAGAGCGUUCUCUUGUGGUUUUCAUUUUGAUGCUUCUUCAUAUCUCAUUUCGGUUUGCAUCACUGCCUAGUGCCUCUUUCAUAGGUUCUGAAAAGCACCUUCCCUCCUCUGCAUGCCUUUUAGCCUAAAAUAGCCACCAACUUCUCACCUCAGAACCAUCACCUGACCUACGAGAAUUUCAUUUGAAACGAGGCUUCAGAUCUGUGCGUCGACAGCAACAACUCAAUACCUCUGAUGUCAUUCUCACGCUUUCGCUUUCUCUCUUUUUGGUGAAGUUUUAUAGUGAAGGGUUUGUAAACGUAGGGGCCGUUUUUAUGGGAGCAGAUGUGCCGAGCUGGAUCAACUUCAGGAGAUGUGAUGGCUCCAUAUUGAGUGUUUAAGUGGCCUCAGGAGGCAUCUGUGAUGCAGCCUCGAGUGUGUGGUUUCAAAGGAGUGAAUGAUUGAAAUGAGGGACUUAUGGAGGUUGAAAUGAUAAUGCAGGAAGAAGGCAGGAUGUAAGUGAUUUAUUUAGAUGCUUUGUAAAUUGUUUUUUGUUUAGUUUAGUUUAGUUUUCCUUCACAUUUUUUUGGUUGUAGGAAGGUGUUUGUCCAUCAUUUGGAUUUUCAGAUGAUUUUAAAGAAAUUCCCCAUUUUCCAUCUAUGCACACUGUGAGCCUUUAAUGUUUCCAAUGAUACAAUAAAAUUAGAAUUGAAAGGAAGGAGAACUAGAAAUUAAAUUUUGUGCAUAACUGUUCCAUUUUUGUUCAUUAUCUGCUUCAAGUAUAAAGAGUCUUACUGAUUACCAGAAGAAAAAAUAAACUGAAUUUUUGGUC